AUGAGGAGUGACAAUCCUCCUGUUUGUAAUUUUUGUGGAAUAGGCACUGUCGAUUUUAAAUAUGAUUUAAAUGAUUUGAUUAUCUUUGAACUACAUAAUUUCUACAUAAAUCUAGAGGACAUACCUCGUAAUAUUGAAAUAAAUAAUAAGCUAUUUUUAAUAUUGGCUAUUAUUGAAUAUGUUCCACCUUUACAAAUGCCAGGUAUUGGAGCUGGCAGUGGGGCUGACGCUGAAGGUGCGGCCCCAGCUCAGACUGCACAUAAGCCCGUUAAACACAAGAGACCGAAAACUGCCCGUCCCAGAAGAAAUAGGGUGUCGCCUUCACCUGUGAUCGAGGCAGGCAGUCCACUCCAACCUUGGGCGACUGCGCCGUUGUCCAGACUAUCACAGCUUAUCAGAACAUCGAGUGCAUCGACGGCAUCCCUGAACUCUCCCGCAUCAGCUGAUGAAUCAGACUAUCAAGGUCCCCAGAGAUACUAAGUUUUAACACUGUAUGGGUCCUACACUGCCAUUUUACUUCUAGCAUUUGUUCUUUACUGCGAAUAGCUAUGUUGCACAUUCCAAUGUAAUUCAGUGUGUAGUUAUCGAGUUUUUCU